AAAAUUUGUAGAAGGGUAUUACGUAUAUUGACCGUGUUUUGUGUAAAGUUGUAUUUGAAGUGAAUAAAUUUUCCCAAACUUAUUUUGGAUUAUUUUGUUUCAUCCGAGAUGGUAUAAUACUUACUUUCGUGUGACAAUAUAGUGUGUUGGUUUAAAGUUUUGAUGGCCUUGCACGGCAGUUAAACAAUGGGAUCAUCGGCAAGUAAAGGGUCACAACCUGCACCUGCUGCUCGAGGGUCGCCAGCUAGAGUCCAGAGACCACCAGCGACACAGGAAAAUCCCCCAGAUAAACAAUUACCACAGAACAAGUCAUCUAUAAAGGCAUUGAAUACUCGAUAUACAACUGGUAUUACAGGGUCUCCUAGCAAGAAUAACAACAACGUGAUUUUAUAUCGGGACAAAAGCCAACAACAGUUACCAACAACGACGACUAACACGCUGAUAGAAAAUGUGUUCCUUAUAUCUGCCGGUUCAGCAAUCGGAGAAGAUCUGCCAGAUCAGUGUGUGUAUGUCGGUGAAACGGCCAAAAAAGUCGAGAAAGAACCGCUAUUGACUACAGAUAAUAUGGAAGAAGCUGUGUUCGAACGUCUGAUGUCGCCAAACCCGAGCAGCGUCACCGUGAAAUCUGUUGCCACCAAAUCAAGAUGGAAAACGCCUAUUGGUGGACCGUGUGACGAGAAGAACUUGCUGAAAUAUUUAUUCCACAGCUUCUCUAGGUGGAAAAGGUGCAAGGAUGAUAAAAAGUAUGAAAGCCUCAAUGAAGUGAUGACGAAAUGUGAAGAUAUAAUCUUUGAGAACGCAAGAACAUGUCUUAGAGAACCAGCAUUAUUUAUGGACCAUCAGAUCCAUACGGAAUUUAUCGAUGUUUGUAUUGACAACAAGGAUUUCCUGUUGGUUAAUAAUGGCCUGGACAGAGAAAGCAACAUUUACGAAUUCCUGAUGAAACUAUUUGCCGCAAUGGAAACAGAACAAGGGUGUUUGAGAGAAUGCUUUGGUCCUGUUCUGAAGCGUAUACGACAACAUUUCCAAACGGAGUUAAAGCUUAUGUACCCAGCAGAGUUGUCACAAUAUAUGUUUGUUCUUAGAGUCUUUACAAUUAGACCGUCAGUGGCUCAAAUGUUCAUGGAGUUUAAUGCGCCUAAAGACUGGGAUGUAGCAAUAUGUUAUGAGGUCACUCUGAUAGGGUCAGUUCUAAGCAUGAGCACUUGUCCAAGGACGAGCAAAGGUCCAUAUGAAUUCUUCAAUAACCCACUUGAUAUGCCAGAACAAGAAAUUAACAAGACUAUAAUAUUUGCGUGGCAGAGUUUAAGAGAUGUUUGUCGUGAUUUGUACGAUGUCUUGAUGGCAUGUGUCCGGUUAUCAGAAGAUCUCAGACAUAUGGUGCUUAACUGGUUUGGAAAAUGUUUGCAGGCGAACAGAGCUAAACCAGAUUUGUGGUCUGCACACGAAGUGGAAGUUUUCAGUCCAGAAUUUUGCUCCGAUGGUUUUUGCCUCAACUUGUGCCACGUGCUUUUGCACAUGUGUCGGCCAUUUUCCGAACCAAACUGUGAAAGAAUGUUGAAGGUCAAACCGUCAUAUUGUAGAGCUGAUCCAAAAUCAGACGAUGAGAGGAAAUCUAUGUGGGUCCAUGCAAGAGGGUUGGAGAAAGAAGAUACAUUCGUGCCUUAUACUGAAGAUACAAAACUUCCACAGCUAGAGACCUAUUCUUUUAUUUCCGAGUGCUUCUUCUUAACACAUCAAGCUCUUCAUAUAGGAUACAGUAUUGUUUUCAAAAUGUUGAAAUUAAAUAAUGGUAUAGCUAGGUUGCGAAAAAUGUAUGAAGAAAUUAAACACGUAUGUCCCAAACGUGUGAUAGAACUGGUGAAGCAGCAACUCAACAGAGAAAUUUGCUGGUGGCUGAAUAUUAAAACAGCAAUCACAGAGUACUGUCUCACCAAGAUGUGCCUUAACUUUCAUAUCGCCACAGCAUCAUGGCUGGUCCAAGUUGCAACGUGCGAUGACGUCACGGACUUCAAACCAGUGACACUUCCGUUAGAUAGUAAUGUGCCAAAAUCGUUGUCUUACUUACCACAGUAUAUAAUUACCAAUCUGACACAGUGCGUCACUCCCCUAGAUGUUUUCCAAAGUGUGACACUGUUAACCUCCAACGUGGAUGAACUGCAGCAUUAUAUUACCCUGAUACUGGUAUAUAUGGGACGUCCAGAUAGACUGGUCAGUUCUGACGUAAGAGCACAGCUGGCUGAAGCUCUGGAGGUUAUUGUGCCAUCCAUGAAGGAAGACGGCACAUGGUCAGAUUCAGCAGACGGAAAUGCGGAGAAACUGAUCAAUGAACACCCUCUGAUAAAAUAUCUUGCGGAGACUCUGCUGUAUGUAUUUGUUAGUAUAGAAAUGACGGGACAAAACGUAGACGAUGAGAAGAAAUUCAACUACCGCAAAUCCAUGCACAAAGUUAUACAAUAUAUUUGGAAAAUACCACUGCAUAAAAACGCCAUGAAGCGGCUGUCGGAGCAUGCACUGUCGACGAUAGACAGCCCAGAUCCUCCAUUGUUCUUGCGGUUCUUCAACUUGCUCGUGAACGAUGCCAUAUUUCUACUGGAUGAGGCUCUUGAUCACAUGAAAAAAAUCCGGGUACUAGAAAUGGAGAGGGACAGUGGUGAAUGGAGAAAGUUAAGCGCAGAGCAAUACCGCGACAAAGAGAAUGGGCUUAGAGGGCUUGGUAUGAUGGGCCAUUACAGGAAUAUAAUGGCGAAUGAAACAAUAUAUACCCUUGAAAUCCUGACAAGGGAGAUAAGAGGGAUCUUCUGCCACCAUGUGAUGGUUGAUAGAAUUGCUGAUAUGCUCAACUACUUCCUAGAACAUUUAGUUGGUCCAAAGCAAAGAGACUAUAAAGUAAAGGACAGAAAAGAGUACCAGUUUAAACCGGAACAGAUCGUGUCUGAUAUUGCCCAUAUCUACGUUUACCUCGGAAAGGAUGACGAGUUUUGCAAGUCAGUUCUGGGCGAGUCUAGGUCCUUCUCGCACAACCUCUUCCCGCAAGCAGUGACUGUUCUCAAUAAAAUUGGUGUGUCACCAGAGUUCAUCAGCAGGUUUGAAGAACUUUCAGUGAAGCUUCAGUCACUAGAAGGUGAUCAGAAGCGUGAGGAGGAGAUGAUUGCAGACGCUCCAGAAGAGUUCCUCGAUCCUAUCAUGGGGACACUGAUGGUCGAUCCGGUCAGGCUUCCUACAUCAAACACUAGUAUAGACAGGGCAGUGAUCGCUAGGCAUUUUCUGAGUGACCAAAGGGAUCCAUUUACUAAUUUACCAUUGUCCAUGGAAAUGGUGACUGCGGACACAGAACUGCGAGAGAAAAUCGAAGAGUGGAAACGUAACCACUUACACAGAGAAAACAAUGCAUCUGAAAAGACCUGAUGGAGUCAGUGUGUUUAAAAAUGGCCAGUGAAAUUGAAUUAGAUAUAUAAAGAACAAUCACGCAUUUCAAAAUGCUUCGGAUAUAAACGCAAUAGAACUAAUAAAUAUAGACUAAAGUUAUGAUAACUUCUAGAGAGCCAGCCAAUGGACUUAUGCCUGAACAAUGAAACAUUUUCAUUGUAUGUGAUACUGAACAAUGAAACAUGUUCAUUGUAUGUGAUACAACUUUGAAAUUUAAUACAGACACAUUGACAAUAACAGAGUAAUGUACGUGUCCACAAUUACUAAUUCCGAGCUAAUCCUUUAACAAAUUUUAUCAUUUAAGCAUUAAGUACGGUAGAUCGAGAGACAGAAAGCUUAUUUGUGAAAUUUAAGUUAACUGGUUUUGUGUAUUUUGCGAAACAUGUUGAUGAGCAGGUGUGCCAUUUAAACUAAUCUGUGAUAAAAGACUGUUUAGUUUUUUUUCUUCGUAAACGUAAACAUGAAGAUUAUUUAACAUGCAUUUUACACGGUUACACUAGAUAGGCCAUAUUGCAGCAAUUCCAGCCCAUGUAUUACUAUACCAGCAUGCACAUUAUUUGACGGGUUUGUAUUGACCGGGUUGACCGGAACCAGCCAGAUGUUCUCGUUUUUUUAUCGGUCUUGUACCAAUUUUUAUUUUCCACGACGGGUAAUUUCUAUGGCACUGCCACAAAUGUCAGUAACACAAUUUAAAUGCUGAGUAGGGUUGUUUUCCAGGCAAACGAGAUUAUUCUUUGACAUGUAUCAAACCGUAAUCCCAUCUGUGUUAUUUCAAUGCCGCAUAAAAGUAAUCUAUCCAUGUUAGCUAUAAUACAGGAUAACACAGUUAUAAAUCUAACAUUAAUCAAAUUGUUUCCUGUGAUUUUUUUAUAUUUCUAGACACU